UCUCUCUCUCUCACACACACACACAGUGGAACGGUUUUAGAGCUGGAGCUACCCAUCUCUCCCUCUCCUGUUUCGCUCUCUCUCUCUCUCUCUGCCUCUCAGCGACGAAAGGAGAAGAAGAGCAUGUUCUUGGAAAUACACAUGAAAAACCUGCUGUGAUCUGAGUCUUCACACUGUCAUGCUGGACUACUGCUCUAAAACAUGUGGGUUCCAUGCAUGAGGGGAAUACCUGCUGCAGGUCCAUAUAGUGUGUGAAGGGACUCACUCCCACUGAUGGAAAUUGAAACGACGAGUGACUGGGAUUGAGGAUAAUAAUGAUGGAAGACAGAGUGCUCCAUCCCCAGCCCAAGCCAGAGCGUUCCUCCUCAACCCUCCCUGUUCUUCACCGACAGACUUCCUGAAGGAUACAUUGACCUUCACACAUCCAACUUGCCUGACAACCUGGCACAGUGUAAAUUGAAGAACGGUUGCUCCUUUCCUCUCUGCCAAGGACUAGACAACGACUACAAAAAGGCCAAAGCUUUAGGGACCAGGCAUCAGCAGAAAUCCGUUCUGUCUCACUGCGGUAACAAAUGAGCCUUUAUUUGUGAAGUUAACAGUGCUAACAGCUGACUCCAUAAGGACCAAUUUCUAGUUCAAGGUAAUAGGGGGCCAAGAUGAAGAAGGCUGCGUUCUUGGCUUGUUUGUUAGUGGAGCUAGCUCUGACAGCCUUUGUUUUGGCCUCGGAGGGCGGCGCUGCUCAUUGUCCUGCAUUGUGCCGGUGUGAGAUACGACCCUGGUUCUCUCCAAGCUCUAUUUAUACCGAGGCUCCCACGGUGGACUGUAAUGACUUAGGCCUAUCGACAAUGCCAGAAAGACUGCCCUCAGACACACAGGUGCUAUUGUUACAGACCAACAAUAUCAUCAGUGUUGAAAAACCUUUGGAUUACCUGGCUAAUAUCACAGAGAUAGAUUUAUCCCAGAAUAACAUAUCGUCUAUGAGCGAUGUCCAUCUGGGUCCUCUUCCCCAGCUGCUGUCACUGCACAUGGAGGAGAACUGGAUUCAUGCCCUGUCAGACAACUGUCUCCCAUCCCUGCCCAACCUCCAGGAGUUUUACAUCAACCACAACCUGAUCUCAUCCAUCAGUCCUGGUGCCUUUAGAGGGCUAGGGAGGCUCCUGCGGCUCCAUCUCAACUCCAACCACCUCAGGGGCAUCAACAGGGUGUGGUUUCAGCCUCUGCCCCGCCUGGAGAUCCUGAUGAUUGGGGAGAACCCCAUUGUUCAAUUGUCAGACAUGAACUUCAAGCCCCUGGUCAACCUACGCAGCUUGGUUCUGGCCAGGAUGAAUCUUUCCGAAAUCCCAGAUGACACUCUGGUCGGCCUCGACAACCUGGAGAGUGUUUCGUUUUUUGACAACCUGUUUGACAGAGUGCCACAGGCCGCUCUGAAGAAAGCCAAGAGCCUGAAGUUUCUGGAUCUCAACAAGAACCCCAUCGAGAGGAUUCAGAGAGGGGACUUUGUGGACAUGAUCCACCUCAAAGAGUUGGGCAUCAACAGCAUGCCUGCGCUGGUGUCCAUCGACAGCUUCGCCCUCAACAAUCUCCCUGAGCUGACCAAGAUCGAGGCCACCAACAACCCCAAGCUCUCCUACAUCCACCCCAAUGCCUUCCACAAGUUGCCGAGACUCGAAACACUGAUGCUGAACAGCAAUGCCCUCAGCGCCUUGCACCACAGCACUGUGGACUCCCUGCCCAACCUGCGUGAGGUUAGCAUGCAUAGCAACCCCAUCCGCUGCGACUGCGUCAUCCGCUGGAUCAACAUGAACCAGACCGGCGUGCGCUUCAUGGAGCCAGAUUCCCUCUUCUGCGUGGAGCCGCCGGAGUACCAGGGCCAGCACGUCCGCAAGGUCCACUUCAGGGAGAUGACCGAGAUUUGCCUCCCGCUCAUCUCGCCCGGGAGCCUUCCAGAUCGUGUCACCGUUGGGAAAAGGAGCUCGGUGACGCUUCACUGCCGGGCAUUCGGGGAGCCGGAGCCAGAGAUAUACUGGGUCACCCCCUCCGGGGACAGAGUCCUGCCCAACAGUGUGUCUGAUAAGUACUACAUGCAUCCAGAGGGGACCUUUGACAUCUAUGACACUACCAUGCUUGAGGCAGGGCUGUACACCUGUGUCGCUCACAAUCUUGUUGGUGCAGACCUCAAGUCUGUGUUGUUGGUGGUAGAUGGAUACUUUCCACAUCCUUCUGAUAAUGGCAAUGAUUUACAUGUGGACGUUAGAUCAGUGCAGCCCGACUCUGUUUUGGUAUCUUGGGAUAAUACUCAUGGUGGUCUUAUAUCCAAUAUAAAGUGGUUCACAAUGGCGAAUGCUAAGCAUCCCUCCAUGGCUUACACUGCUAGAGUACCAACCGAUGUGAAGGUGUAUCGUCUCACCCACCUGAACCCCUCCACCCAGUACCGGGUGUGUGUGGAAGUCACGAGCAUGCAGCUCGGACAAAACAGGGACUGUGUCAAUGUCACCACAAAGGGACUGGCUCACACCGUGGAGAGCAGUGAGAAGUGGGACACAGUGGUGAUGGCUGCAUGUGCUGUGCUUUUCAUCGUGAUUGCUGUGGCUUCCUCCAUCAUAUACACAUCUCUGCAAAGCCAACACUUUUACAGGAAGUUGAUGGUGGACCAAACUGAGUCAAUGCUGGGUCCUAGCACCCGCCCCGGCUCCGCCUCUUCUCUCACAGAACUCUGUGUGGCUGGAGUCAAGGUGAAGGUGACCGUAAUAGACUUGCCAGACAACUCCAUGUAAUGAAAGAAAUGGCCUUGGAGCAGGAAAAUUUAUGUUCUGGAUUUUAAACAAGGUGAAAGAGUGUUGGACAUGUAUGACUCAUGUGCCCUCUUCUCAUGACAAUGACAGAGCAUUGGGUUCUGGAACUCCUGGAACACAUGAUGGAACCAUAAACCAGCGCCCUCACGCAUAAAUACGUAACCAGCUAAUCCCAGACCCACAGACUCUUUUAUACAACAAAAUUGUCAUUGCAGCAAAAUGGUGCACAGACAGGUAUCUAGAUUGCGAUAUAAGUGGCUACUGAUCGGUCAUUCAUGCAGUGCAACUGCAAAAAAGCACAGCACAAAGACUGUCAUCUCUCUCGGUUAUUGACUUGUGCUUUAUAACACCUUGUGGAGAUGUCUUUGUGGUCCACAAUGAGGAAUAUUUUCUGUGCUGUUUAAAUAACACUCAAGGGCCAUAAGUAAGAAAUACCACUCGUAUACAGUUUAUAAUGGGCAAAACUUGUUAGACUAGUAGACAAUAACAGUGUAUAUGUAAACAAUUUUAUGAUCAAAUAUUUUUUUUUCAUUAAAAACAGUACAUUGUAUUUUAAUCGAAAUGUAAUGCUUUCUCUUACUUACUUGAAAUUGUAAUUGCGAAAGACCCAACUUCAAGGAUGACUUGCUUAUAACAAUCUGAAUACGAUAUUGGGAUGCUCUGAAAGGAACAAUCUGAAUACGAUAUUGGGAUGCUCUGAAAGGAACAAUCUGAAUACGAUA